AUGGUCCCACCAGCGCGCUGGAGGGCGCAGGGCGCGCGCAAGGGCGAGCGAGCGGUCGUCCGUGCGCGCUGCGGCCCGACGAGCCUCACAUGCCGCGCGUCCCGAGCGCACAGCCCCUGCCCCGCCGCCCGCUCCGCGGCUCCGCAGCAGCUGCCCAGCUCCCGCAGAGGGCGAUGGGGAGGGCGAGGGCGGGGCGGGGCGCGAGUGGGCGGGGCCGAGGGCGGGGGCGACGCACCGCCUCCGCGAGUGCCCCUGGCGCCCUCGCCGCCCGGGCUAAGUGCAGGGAGCGCGAGUCGGGAGGAGGGCGCGAGGGAGGGAGUCGGAGGGGGCGUGGCUACGGCCCCUUCGGGAAGUGGGCUGGGCUCUCUCCCGCCGCACACCCUCAGGACCUCAUCCCGCGGCUCCGCCGCCGGAGCAGCACCCGCGCCACCCCCCUCACGGCCGUUGGCGGAGCGGCGCUCCUGCCAACCGCUCACUGAGGCUGGGCACCCCGCGCAGGCGCGCUGCCCCGCCGCCGGAAGUGACGGUUCCGGCUCUUGUCACGUGGAGAGGGAACGGGGAGGUGAUUGUGGGGGUUGCGGUAUGAUGACGGGCUCCCGCGUCCCAGGCCUGGGGUCCAGGGCUGGAAGGUUCACGGCAGAUUUGUGGGGCCCAGGCUUCGAGCAGGGACAUGUCCCGGGAACUGGUUCCCUUGCUGGCCAUGCGGCAGCGUCUGUCUUCUCGCCAAGAGUUGGUAUGUCACUCUGGAGGCUUAAAAGUGCCGCCAACUUUACCCCCCGCAAAGGAACUUCCUGCUGCAGUUCUAAGCCAGCGUUCCAGACCUCCCCUGAGACCCUUCUGCCCGUCCACUGAGUGUGGCAGGUGGGAGCAGCUCGGAACUAGAGCGGAUUCCAGUAACCUAACUUCUAAAGCUACCGGGUCGCACUGUGUAACCAACGCUUGUGCUAGUGCUUCACAGAUAAUAUAAUCUAUUGAUUCUUACUUGGGGUCUUUCCUCAGAAAAAUCCUUAUGAAGUGUGACUCGAUAUUAUAUAAAAGCAAUUUUGAUCAUCUGUUUUCAUCUAUGUGAAGAUCAAACACCACCUUAGUGUAUAUUCUAAGCUAAAAUGAAAAUUAUAUUUGUGUACCCAUUUCUUAUACUGUUUGCAUAUUUAUUUUUGUUGAAUAGUCAAAUAAAUUGUUCUUAAAAGAUAAGUAGGUUUUUUUUUUAGCCUUCUAGUUUUUCUUAACUUCAACACUAUACCUUGUUUCUCUUCUCUCUCUUAUCUGCUGUCUGCAGUGGGCCUACUUAUAUGGACAGAUUAAAAACAUUCUCCAUUACCUUGACAACACCCAGUUAAUGUUUACUGAUAAACUGAGUGCAAGUCAGAGCAUCUACAAAAUUCAAAAGGAAUUUCAUUCCUGAGUAAGAACUCUAAUAUAAGAGUAAAAAAAUAUGUACAGCUAAAAGAAAUUCAUGUAUUAACAUUUUAUUAAAAUUCUUGUCAUUUUUAUGUAGAUGAAAUAUAUGUUAAAUCCCCAUGUUGUAUUCUUUUUAUAAUCACAUUAUUGUAAACUCUAAAUGUAAAUUUAAUG